AUGAGCUUCGCGAGCACCACGGCGUUGAGGCCGAGCACCUCCACAUCCAACGCAAACACCGAGCUCAGCAAGGACCAGUUGGAGGAAAUCCGCGAGGCGUUUGACUUGUUCGACACGGAUGGCAGCGGCACGAUCGACGUGCGGGAGCUGCGCAUUGCCAUGCGCGCGCUCGGCUUCGAGCCCCGUAAGGAGGAGCUGCAGCAGCUUAUCAACAGCGUCACCGGUGGCAGCGGCUGCGAGGGGACCACUACGCGGCUGCCGAGCACCAGCAAUGUGAGCGCGCCCAGCGAAGUGAUCACCUUCUCGCAGUUUGUGCAGAUUAUGAAGCACAAGGUGUCCCAACGGGACUCGCGGGAGGAGAUGCUGAAGGCGUUCGUGCUCUUCGACACAGAGGGCACGGGCAAAAUCUCGUUCCAGAACUUGAAGCGAGUGGCGGUGGAGCUUGGCGAGAACAUGACGGACGCCGAGCUGCAGGAGAUGAUCGACGAGGCGGACCGUGACGGGGACGGCGAGGUGAGCGAGGAGGAGUUUCUUCGCCUAAUGAAGAAGACCUCGCUGUACUAA